UACCAAAUCUUUAUAUAAGCUAAGCUUAAUACAAUAAAAUCAUAGUAAAGAGAAAAAACAAUUAAGGAAUCGAUUUUCUUUUUACAGCAUGCUCAAUUAUAUUUCAAAGCACUUAUUUAUUUAGAUUUCUUCUCCUUAAAAACGCUGAAACAAAUAUUUGUAUAUUAGUGCUGAAAAUUAAAUAUUUAUAUAAACAUUUUUAAAAUAAUAAUCUCAACGUUUUCUAAUUCUAAGACAGAUGAUCAAGUGUUUCGUGGAAUGGUACCAUUUGAUGAUUCAAUUUUAAAUAGUUUAUGAGUUAUGAGUUAUAAAAGAUAAAGGUCCAAAAAUUAGUAAGCAGCAACCGAGAGUAUAAAAGGCGCUGCCCAUACAUUUCCACUGCUGUCAUUUUAAAACUAUUUCUGUUGAAAUACACGAGAUAUGGCAACCAGCUCGGAAAAGCAAAGUUUUGGAGAUCUAAUAGAGAGCAUGGAAUUGGUCGAGGCGGAUAGGAUAUACGCGCUCUCGAACAGUGUCGGAAAGAUCCUGGAUGACUCGGAGGCUCGAAAAAUCCUAAGGCACUUCAUGGGAAGCGAAAAAAGGUCAGUGCAGUGUGUGGACAUUUAUGAGAAGUGCGCAGAGUUCCUUGAGAAGCACCCAAAGUACGAGUCCUGCGAGUGUGAAAUCCUGGCCCGACUGGGACUACCCUCCCAUCUGAAGCAGCGUCUAUUUUAUCGAAUGAACAGAGGUGAUCCCAAUUCAAUCAGCCUGUGCCUUAAAAACAUCCAGGCAGAAUGUCUCAGUGAGGUGGCCGAGUGUUUUCGCGACUUCAAAGACUCUAUCACAAAAGUACGAAUGAAUCUUAAACUUAAGACACUAGGAUAACCAAAAGAAACAAAUAUAUAAAGCGAUAAGAAGAUGUAUGAGA